CGAUCGCCACAGUAGGUAGUCGAGAAGGAGGAUCAGAGAUGGCGCAAAGCCGUAUUCCAUGUGCGCGUGUGCAUUUGUUAUAUAACAAGUAACAGACGAUUUAUAACCGAAAUUUUCUUCCGUGAUAUUUUAACGCCUUUGAUCAAUUUUUGCCAAUAGUAUUGGUCAAUUACGAUUGUUUGCAGGCGAUCUUCAUUAUUCGUUAAUAAAAAUAAUUGCGUGCGUUCAAAGUAAUUGGAAUAUUUAUCUGACGUUGCGUGUUACGUUCAGAUAAGUGAUUCUUGGUGUACACUAACAUUUCGAUACGUUUUUCACUAGCCGAAUCUGUUUGCUGGCCAAAACAAGCAAUGCAUUGAUGCAGAAGAUUUAGUCUUUUGCAAAGGGUGGCGGAAAAUCGUAGAAAGUAAUUGAUCAAGACACAAGACGAUAUACUUCAUUAAUGAUCCUAACCUAUGAACGCGAGGAAAAGUGUGAAAACCAUUUUUCCUUUCUCGAAUAUAUGUCUGGAGGGAUUAAUAAAAAGACAGAUACUUACAACGGUCGAUCGUUGGCCAAUAAACUACUCGUGUUGCGGCCGAUCAAGCAACCGAAACGAGUGGCAUGUUGUGGAACACGACGACGUUCAACAAAGCUACGAUACGUCAUUCUGUUUAACGGACGCUAUGUAUUGUGGAAAGAAAAUAAAGUGAAAUAGUGUUUACCAUCGUUUUUAUGCUGUGUAUAUAAGUAUACAUAUAUAUGUAUAUGUAUAUGUAUAUCUGUGUGUGUGUAUAUGCAUAUGUAUAUAUAUAUAUAUAUAUAUUUAUAUUUAUAUUUAUAUCCGUAAGCGCAUCGUACAUAGGAAAAUAUAUCGUACGUCGAAAUUUCUUUCUCUUGUACUUACAUACGUCGUUUCACACGAACUUCAAGACUUUGACUUAUUAUCCACGUUGUAUUUUAUGCAUGCACGUUUAUCGAUACUUUGAACGUUCGUAUCAUUUACAUCUGCUUGUAAAUUAAUGAUAAUCAUAGAAUCGCAAUUAAUCGCAUAAUGCGGAUUAUUAGCGCAGAAAAAUUAACGGAGAUUCAAAGGGAACCAGCUAAUAUACGAAACAUCUGUAUAUUAGCUCACGUAGAUCAUGGUAAAACCACUUUGGCAGACUCUCUGGUUGCUAGCAAUGGAAUCAUCUCUAAUAAGCUCGCGGGUAAAUUACGCUAUUUGGACAGCCGUCCCGACGAGCAACUUCGAGGAAUUACGAUGAAAUCAAGCUGCAUCGCUCUUUAUCACAAGUAUAAUCAUCAAGAAUGUGCUAUCAAUUUGAUCGAUUCUCCUGGACACGUGGACUUUGCUUCCGAAGUGUCCACAGCUGUGAGACUAUGCGACGGUGCUAUUAUCGUGGUCGACGUGGUAGAAGGCGUGUGCCCGCAGACACGGAGCGCCUUGUCUACCUCUUACGCGGAAGGUUUAAAGCCAAUUUUAUUAUUGAACAAAAUAGACAGGUUAAUUACAGAAAUGAAAUUGUCACCGUUGGAUGCUUACGUGCAUUUAACGCAGGUUUUAGAACAGGUGAAUGCUGUAAUGGGAGAGCUGUUUGCCAGUGACAUAAUGGAGCGGGAAGAAAAGGAGGAGUUGAAAAAGGAAACGGCGAAAAAGGAGAGCAUCUCUGAAAGGAGUAUAGCGGAUUGGCAGUCCGUACUAGAAGAGAUAGACGACUCUACGUUAUAUUUCUCUCCGGAGCAAGGUAACGUCUUGUUUUGCAGCGCUACGGAUGGCUGGGGAUUCGGUGUUAAAGAAUUUGCCAAUAUAUUUUCGGCGAAAUUGGGCUUUAGCGAGAAAGUUCUAUCAAAGACGCUUUGGGGAGAUUAUUACGUAAACACCAAGACCAAGAGAAUAAUGAGAGGAGCUCAAGAGAAAGCGAAGAAGCCUCUGUUCGUUCAACUUAUAUUGGAUAACCUUUGGGCUCUGUAUGAAACGAUAACCGUUCGCAAGGAUAAAGACAAGGUAGCGUGGAUGGCCGAAAGAUUGGGUAUAACAUUGACAAACAGGGAUUUGAGGCACACGGAUGCCAAGGCUCAAUUACAGGCAGUCUGUUCUCAAUGGCUACCUCUGGCUCGUGCGUGUCUCGACGCCAUAUGCGACAAAAUUCCAGCACCAGAUAAUUUAACUUCGGAAAAGGUAGAACGUUUACUCAGCGGAAACUUUGAUUUCUCUACGUUGCCAGAGGAAACGCAACGAUUGAAGGAAACGUUUCUAGCCUGCGAUCCUUCCCCUCGUUCACCUGUCGUUGUAUUCAUUUCGAAAAUGUUUCCGCUAGAGAAGAAGAUGUUGCCGGAGAAUAAACCAAAACCGUUGACGUCCGAAGAGUUGGCUGAUCGAAGGGAAAUGGCACGAACGAAGCACGCGGAGAAAAUGACGAAGGAGCAACGAUCGACGGAGCAAGUCGGAGAGUCGCAACGGGACGCGAAUAUCGGCAAGUUUGAUCCGAGUGACGGGAGCGGAGGAUCGGAAAGCGCCGUUUCGAUUUCCGAAGAAAUCCACGGAGAAGACGAACAUUCGGAAACUACGUUAAUAGCGUUCGCCCGAAUAUAUUCCGGAUGUCUGGAAGAAGGAAGCGUCGUGUACGUUCUAGGACCGAAACACGAUCCGCGCGAAAUAUUGAAAGGACAAAGGAGAGGAGCAGGCGAGUUAGUACCGAUAGACGAGGACGUCGUGUCGAAAAGCUCGAAGCUCGGAAAACACGUGACAAGAGUUACCAUACGAAAACUGUACCUUCUAAUGGGUAGAGAAUUGCAACCGACGAACAAAGUAUUUGCUGGUAACGUAUUUGGAAUCGGCGAUUUGGAGGAUUACGUAUUAAAAACGGCAACGCUUUCCACCACUAUCGCUUGUCCAUCUUUCUCAGAGUUGACUUCGCUCGGUGUACCGAUAAUGCGAGUGGCUCUGGAGCCGAAACAUCCGAACGAUUUGCAACCGUUGAUCAAUGGGUUAAAAUUGCUUAAUCAGGCGGAUGCCUGUGCCGUCGUUCACAUUCAAGAGACUGGGGAAAUCGUAUUAAGCACCGCCGGAGAAGUGCAUUUGGAGAGAUGUUUGGAAGAUUUAAAGUUAUGUUACGCGAAAGUCGAUGUAAACGUGUCGGAGCCUAUCGUACCGUUUAGAGAAACGGUCGUGCCUCCACCGAAGGUCGAUAUGGUGAACGAAGCGAUCGAGAAGAAAGCCGAAGACGUUAGUCUCGCUUCUUGGACGGCGAAUCGACAGUGUUACUUUGAAAUCGAUGCGAGACCUUUACCCGAUAAAGUGACCAAGAUUUUGGAAAAGAACGCCGAUUUAAUAAAGGCGUUCUAUCACCAUUAUGGUAGAUCGCGUUCAGAAAAGGAGGAGAAAGAAGCGGAAAAGAUUACGAACGAUCGUGAAAUGGAAUCGUUAGGCACGAUGUCGGAGAGGAAGCAACGCGCGUUAGAAUCGUUGAGAAGCGAGUUGGCCGGUGCGUUUCGAGAAGCGGGGGAAGAAGACGCGUUAGACAAAAUAUGGUCGUUCGGGCCACGAAACUGCGGACCUAAUAUCUUGUUGAACGAAACCGAUUAUAAGCAGAGGAAAUUUUGGGAAAGCCACUCAAAGUCUAUGGAUCCACGUGCUCCUUACGAGAGCAGCAUGGUCAAUGGUUUCCAACUAGCAACGCUCGCCGGACCUCUCUGCGAAGAGCCUAUGAUGGGUGUCUGUUUCGUCGUGAAAAAGUGGGAAAUUAAUAAUCAAGAUUCACAAAGCGAAAAUGGCAGCCAGAAUCAAGGACACAUGGAUGGCGGUCAUUUGAUGUCAGCAUGCAAAGAAGCUUGCCGUCGUGCGUUUAAUUCGAGACACCCUCGAUUAGUUACUCCGAUGUAUAGCUGCAGCGUCCUAGUCAAUUCGGACGUACUGGGAAAACUGUAUGCGGCAUUUGGAAAGAGACAAGGCCGUGUAGUUGCCGCGGAAAGUGCUCUCGGAUUCGGUGGACAGUUUCGCGUGCUUGCGACUUUACCUGUGCCAGAGAGCUUUCAACUUGCCAGAGAACUGCGAACACAGACAUCCGGGCUGGCUAGUCCUCAACUGGUUUUCAGUCAUUGGGAGGUUAUCGAGCAAGACCCUUAUUGGACGCCUUCCACGGACGAGGAGUACCUACACUUCGGUGACAAAGCAGAUAGCGAGAACAGAGCUAAAAAAUAUAUAGAUGCAGUCCGUCGACGUAAAGGUUUACCUGUGGAUUCUCAACUGGUUAUGCACGCGGAAAAACAACGCACUCUAUCCAAGAAUAAAUAAUACUGGAUAAAUAAUACUGAAA